CCCCGCUCGCCCCGUCGCCCUUUGCCUCCCCGCAGAGUCCCUUCGCGGCAGCAGAUGUGUGUGGGGUCAGCCCACGGCGGGGACUAUGGUGAAAUUCCCGGCGCUCACGCACUACUGGCCCCUGAUCCGGUUCUUGGUGCCCCUGGGCAUCACCAACAUAGCCAUCGACUUCGGGGAGCAGGCCUUGAACCGGGGCAUUGCUGCUGUCAAGGAGGAUGCAGUUGAGAUGCUGGCCAGCUACGGGCUGGCGUACUCCCUCAUGAAGUUCUUCACGGGUCCUAUGAGUGACUUCAAAAAUGUGGGCCUGGUGUUUGUGAACAGCAAGCGAGACAGGACCAAAGCCGUCCUGUGUAUGGUGGUGGCCGGGGCCAUCGCUGCCGUCUUUCACACACUGAUAGCUUAUAGUGAUUUAGGAUACUACAUUAUCAAUAAACUGCACCAUGUGGACGAGUCGGUGGGGAGCAAGACGAGAAGGGCCUUCCUGUACCUCGCCGCCUUUCCUUUCAUGGAUGCAAUGGCAUGGACCCAUGCUGGCAUUCUCUUAAAACACAAAUACAGUUUCCUGGUGGGAUGUGCCUCAAUCUCAGAUGUCAUAGCUCAGGUUGUUUUUGUAGCCAUUUUGCUUCACAGUCACCUGGAAUGCCGGGAGCCCCUGCUCAUCCCCAUCCUCUCCUUGUACAUGGGCGCACUUGUGCGCUGCACCACCCUGUGCCUGGGCUACUACAAGAACAUCCACGACAUCAUCCCCGACAGAAGUGGCCCGGAGCUGGGGGGAGAUGCAACAAUAAGAAAGAUGCUGAGCUUCUGGUGGCCUUUGGCUCUCAUUCUGGCCACACAGAGAAUCAGUCGGCCUAUUGUCAACCUGUUUGUUUCCCGGGACCUUGGUGGCAGUUCUGCAGCCACAGAGGCCGUGGCGAUUUUGACAGCCACGUACCCCGUGGGUCACAUGCCAUACGGCUGGUUGACGGAGAUCCGUGCUGUCUAUCCUGCUUUCGACAAGAAUAACCCCAGCAACAAACUGGUGAGCACGAGCAACACAGUCACGGCAGCCCACAUCAAGAAGUUCACCUUCGUCUGCAUGGCUCUGUCACUCACGCUCUGUUUCGUGAUGUUUUGGACACCCAACGUGUCCGAGAAAAUCUUGAUAGACAUCAUUGGAGUGGAUUUUGCCUUUGCAGAGCUCUGUGUUGUUCCUUUGCGGAUCUUCUCCUUCUUCCCAGUUCCAGUCACAGUGAGGGCGCAUCUCACUGGGUGGCUCAUGACGCUGAAGAAAACCUUCGUCCUGGCCCCCAGCUCUGUGCUGCGGAUCAUCGUCCUCAUCGCCAGCCUCGUGGUCCUGCCCUACCUGGGGGUGCACGGUGCAACCCUGGGUGUGGGCUCCCUCCUGGCGGGCUUUGUGGGAGAAUCCACCAUGGUCGCCAUCGCCGCGUGCUAUGUCUACCGGAAGCAGAAAAAGAAGAUGGAGAACGAGUCGGCCACGGAGGGGGAAGACUCCGCCAUGACGGACAUGCCUCCGACAGAGGAGGUGACAGACAUCGUGGAAAUGAGAGAGGAGAAUGAAUAAGGCACGGGACGCCAUGGGCACUGCAGGGACAGUCAGGAUGACACUUCGGCAUCAUCUCUUCCCUCUCCCAUCGUAUUUUGUUCCCUUUUUUGUUUGUUUUGUUUUGGUGAUGAAAGAGGCCUUGAUUUAAAGGUUUCGUGUCAAUUCUCUAGCAUACUGAGUAUGCUCACACUGACGGGGGGACCUGGUGAAUGGUCUUCACUGUUGCUAUGUAAAAACAAGCGCAACUGACUUCAUGCCCUGCCUCACGAAAACCCAGAAGACACAGCUGCCUCACGCUCGACGGUGUGUCCUCCUCCCCUGGACAAUCUCCUCUUGGAACCAAAGGACUGCAGCUGUGCCGUCGCCUCUCGGGCACCCCGCACAGCAGGCCACAGACUCUCCUGUGCCCCUUCAUCGCUCUUAAGAAUCAACAGGUUAAAACUCGGCUUCCUUUGAUUUGCUUCCCAGUCACAUGGCCGUACAAAGAGAUGGAGCCCCGGUGGCCUCUUAAAUGUCCCUUCCGCCAUGGAGUUCAAACCCAUCUACUCCACACGUGCAGGAGGCGGGCGGCAGGCUGCAGCCCGGAGUCCCCGUUCACACUGAGGAACAGGGAGACCUGUGACCACAGCGGGCUGACAGACGGACAUAAUCUCCCGUAGAAAGGUUGGAAAUGCCCCGGGGACAGCAAACUGACACGGUUGAAUGAUAGCAUAUCACUCUGUGUUCUCCUAGAUCCGAGCGAGCUGUCAGUUCUCACCCCCACCAUGUAUAUACAUGAGCUAACUCUUUUAAGUUGUCACAAAAGCGCAUCUCCGGUUUCCAGCCCCUGCCGCAUGACUUUCCCUGAAGGCUUGCUUUUCCCUCGCCUUUCCUGAAGGUCGCACUAGAGCGAGUCACAUGGAGCGUUCUAACUUUGCAUUUUAGUUUUUCCAGUGAACUGAAGCUUUAAGUCUCAUCCAGCAUUCUAAUUCCAGGUUGCUGUAGGGUAACUUUUGAAGUAGAUGUAUUACCUGGUUCUGCCAUCCUUAAGUCGUAACUCUGCGGUACAGGUAAUUCAGAAUGUACUACGGUACUUCCCUCCCACACCAUACGAUAAAGCAAGACAUUUUAUGAUGAUACCAGAGUCACUAUGUGGUCCUCCCCGAAAUAACACAUUCGAAAUCCAUGCAGCGCAGUAUAUUUUUCUAAGUUUUGGAAAGCAGGUUUUUUCCUUUAAAAAAUUAUAGACACAGUUCACUAAAUUGUUGAUUUAGUCAAAAUUCCUAGACUGAAAGAACCUAAACAAAAAAAUAUUUUAAAGAUAUAAAUAUAUGCUGUAUAUGUUAUGUAAUUUAUUUUAGGCUAUAAUACAUUUCCUAUUUUCGCAUUUUCAAUAAAAUGUCUCUAAUACAAUACGGUGAUUGCUUGUGGGCUCAACAUACCUGCAGUUGAAACGUAUUGUAUCAAUGAACAUUGUACCUUAUUUGCAGCAGUUUUAUAAAGUCCGUCAUUUGCAUUUGAAUGUAAGGCUCAGUAAAUGACAGAACUAUUUUUCAUUAUGGGUAACUGGGGAAUAAACGGGUCACUGGAAUAGGAAUAGAAGUGUAAGCUGGAAGGGCAAAAAUGAGAAAGAAAAAGGUAGGCCCUUUGUGUCUACCAUUUUCAGUGCUGUGUGAUCAUACUGUUCCUCAUAGCAAAAAAGAAUGCAAGGGCAUGAAGUUAGCCGUGGGCAUGCCAGGGUUGCAUUCACAUUCCUGGGUACCCAGUGCCGACGGGGUGUGCCCACAUGGGGACAUGUCCUUGGUGUGCUUCCUCAGAGUGGCUUUUCCUCCAUUAAUAUAUAUAUGAGUGCUGAAAACUUAAGUUGCAUAGCUGCUUUGCAGUGGUUUCAGAGGCAGAUCUGAGAAGAUAAAACUCAAUGUAUCAGCUUUUUUUAAAGGACAUUACUAGAAAAUUAAACAGCAGUAUUUUUUAACAUGUGUGACUCUUUCAUGAUUCUGGGGUUGGAGCUUAAAGAUCCAAAU